UUGUAGACUUUUGGUUCUUCCCAAGUUUUGGAAGUGUUUCCCGAAGUUGAGCACCAACGGCUACUCUGGACAUUGUGCUUGUUUAUAACUUUUAGACAGCUCAGACAGGUUCUCCCUCGGUAACAAUACUAUCAAGAUGUUUUUGUCCGUCAGAGAUGCCGCAACAAUGUGUGUUUCUCAAGAAAAGACAGUGGAAAUGUUUCCAUCGCGGAUUUUAACAUCUUCAACGUUGAGAGAAAAUGCAGCCCGUUAGCUAGCGGCUCUCCCUGGUGAGGCUGGCACAUCGACUUACGAAUGCUUCAGGUACAAUCCAACGCGAAGAGGGUCACGAUAUGGUUAAUUAUAGUGAAUAUUCAAGUGUCAUGUUUCUUUUUACCUUCGAUACAUCACAAUGUAACCCGGCGUGAGACCGGUGCUGGACAUCAGCCGUGUUAUGACUGCACGUCUCAGGAUGCGUCAUGGCACACAACAUUAUCACCUCCUUCUUUGUUGGAGACACAGGAGAGCUUGUCCAGGAUCCAUGCAGGUCAAGGUUACCCUGGUGGGAAAUUCAGAAAACUGGCACCGUUAAAGAGCCCACUGUCUUCGUCAGCACCUGCUGGUCCAUGGGCACACUCCAUUUACUCUUCAUUUAACGACAUGGCGAACAUGUUGCAUCUCAGGCGCAGCAGAAGCACACUCACAAGAAUCAACCCAGGCCAUGCUCUGCCUCAGGUUCAGAGUGCAGCACCUCCAUCUGCAUUUGGGGUUAACUUUCACAAGUGUGCACAGGUGAAGCUGAACACUGAUCCUCCCCAGGUGACCUUCUUCCUCCUGAUUCACAACAUGGGCCCAGUGGGCGGCACCAACCUGUCUCAGGUGGCUGUCCGGGACUCUAUCUCUGGAAUAGUACCCCUAAAAACCGAAGGCAGAGUGGUGGAAAAGGGAUACCAGACAUUUGCCAUAGAUUCACUGUCCGCUGGAUCCAAAGUUAUUGUCAAUUAUACUGCGAACAUAAGGAGUCAUAAGAGUGAAGUCCUGGACCUUCCAGCUUUUCUCACCUUCUCUAAUGCCUCACAGAAUGAUGUCAGUAUGUUCGGUCCGUUAACAGCUAAUCUAACCUUGAGGGUGAAUUCCACCGACAGGAUUUAUCCAAACCAUGGAGUCCACUUUGCUGGAUAUGUUGUGGGGUUAUUCUUCACGUUGGUGCUGCUGUCUGUGGGAUUUUUGGCUAUGAGCUUGAUUGGUCCUAGAACCAGGCUGAACCUUCUUCAUCAAAGGAGAAAUAGAGGGGAUUCAGACCCUGAGUAUGCAGACUACAAUAUGAAUGAGACCAUAAAAGAAGAGGCCACAUUUGAAGACAAAAUGGUAGACAUCAUGGUGCUGGAGGAUCCCCAGAACAUGUGCCAGGCUUUGGAGAACCUUGAAAUGUCUACACUGCUGCACGCUACCAAUAACCUGGAGACCAUCCGGAUUCAGAUCUACAAGGAUGUGAUGUCAUCCCUGCUAAACGGCAUAAGAUCCAGAGGACAGGCCAGCUCUCAGGAACAGCAGAGGCUGCUCAGUGUGCUUCACGGACAGCUGCUGGGCAUGGAGGGUCGGCUGAAGGAGGAGCGAGGGGCUCGCAUGGCUGCUCUGGCUGGUCGGUGUAACCUGGAGACACGGGAGGAAAUGGAAGCAGAGCAUCGCAGAGAGGCUGCUGAAAAGGCUCAGGCUGAGCUGCUGUGUCAACAUGCAGACCAACAGGAGCUCCUCCACUGCAGUGUCCUCCUGGAGAAGCUACACAAGGUGAGCCAGAGUCAGCUCCAGCGCGUCUUGUUGGUCCGACAUGAGGAGGCCUCAGCCAAGAUCCAGAGGCAGAUCAUUGAAUGGCGUCGGGUGGAGCUGCACAAGAUUUUCUCUGAGGAGCUGGAGGAGGCCACGAGGAUGGGCGAGCUGGAGAAGAGUACAACUAAGAGUCUUCAGCACGACUACUUUGCCUGUCAAGAUCAGCUAGAGGAGGUCCUUGAUGUUGUCCUUGCUAAUCAGCGCUACGUGCUGUCUGAGCGCCAUGCACAGAGGAAGUUCUUGGUGCACAGCCUUCACAGCCUCAAUGAGUUGAUUUCUGACACCUUCUCCAGCACCUCUAGCAGUCUGGACAGCUGGUUCACUCACACCAAGAGGGGGGGCAUUGUGCCUGCAGAGCAGAUAGAGCAGCUUCAGGAGAAGUCACAGAAGGAGCUAGUGAUGGUGAAGCAGAGACUGGAUGAGACACUGAGUCAGGAGAGGAGAGCGAUGCGCUGUGGACUGAUUAAGAAGAGACGGGAGCUUAUCUCUGACAUGCUUCAAGUCCACAAACAGGGGCAGAAGGAUCUGUCAGGUCUUUCCAAGGGUCUAGAGGAAACGAUAGAUGUAGCCCAGCACCUGCACUGUUGGCAGAACUUAUUGACAGCUCAGAGUCUGGGGCUGGCAGAGCUCAUCAACAACCUGGAUGAGGAGGCUACUGCCGACAUCCGCAAGGUGACCAUGCGUGCGAUUCAGGGUGCCAUAACAGACCUCAAAGCCAUCCAGCCCUCUGCAAACCAGGCCAUACUAUCACUGUUGCCUCCAGGGGCGCAGCGCUCCCUGCUGCAGACAGAACCAGAGGCAGGAGCAGGACAAGGGGUGAGCACUCUCCUACAGGGUCAAGAAAAGUUGCACCAGGAAGGAAAGGCAGCGCUACGCACCCUGAGCUGCACCAGGGAAGCUCUGAGGGAAGCCAUGGAGAGAGAGCUUCAGGAGCAGAGGGAGCUCAGGUCAAACUGCAGAGCUUUCUUCAGUCGAUUAUGCUCAUCCCAGCUGACGUUGUCUGAGGAUGACCGUCUCAGGAUGAAGCUAGAGUUUCAGAAGUGUUUGUCUAUAAUGGAUCUCAGCCUGGUGCUACCCCAUGCUGUCUCCAGAACCAAACUGCACACAGCUCUCGCAGCUCAGAGAAAGGAAAGUGAGCUACAGAUGGCACAUAUGCAAUCCAAGGGGAAAACCAGGGAGGCCAGACAGAAAACAGACACAUGUGACCUGCAGUUUUUCCAGAGAAGGCUUGAGGACAGGAUCAAGCUGUUUGAGAAGGAGAAGAAGAUGGAAGAAGGCAUCAUGAACAAGGUGAUUGAGGAGAUGCAGAGGGAGAGAGAGGAUGAGCUGCGCUCUCAAGCUGACAGCCUGGCGAUGCAGAUGGCAACAAUCCAUUACCAGAAGGCUGAGAGGAGUACCAAGGUGUUGGAGACAUCUAGAGCCAUGCUCACUCUGCACAGUCUGCUCAUCCAGCACAUCAGAGAGAGAAAGAGCCCGCAGGGACAGGAGAUGGCCCAUAGUAUACAGAGCCACUGCUUGGGUCUAGAGGAGGCAGAACAUCAGCAUCAGAAGGAGAAAGCAGAGUUGGACAGUUUGAAAAUGUGUAAGUCCAAAGUCAAGUCAAAUCCAACACAGAGUGAGGACGCGGAUGAGGGAGAGGAGGAGAGCGAGGAGGACCGACUUUUUCAGCUGCAACAGGAUUGCAGGAUGACGUCCAUCCUCCAGGAGGCACUCCACAAGUGUGAAGAGGUCAACUUAGUGUUGGCUGAGAGAUUGCAAGAAAUGACUGCCAACAAUCAAGCCGCUGAAGAUUUAAAAGAACAAAUAGAGCUCAGGAGACUUUAUGCAAACUGUGACCAGGAUCUGGAUUUCGUGUCUCAGCUGGUAAAGCAGAGUCAGAUCUCUGCUGAGGUUCUCCUGGAGGCCCUGCGUCUCCUCCUCCCCACCCUGCCUGAAAGUGAGCUCCUCUCCAUCACUGACGCCCUCUGCACCAAACAGCACCCUGUUUCAUCAUCUGCAGAGCAGGAACACACAGGGUGUGCCAGAGUGGUCAACAGACUUCUACCUGCCAAACUGAGAGAAGAGGUGGUGCAUAAAAACAUGAAAAACAUGCCAAACUGUGCUGUGGAAGAAGAGAGACAAAUCCUUUAAUGAGGUCUAAUAUGCCUGUCAUUGGUUACACGGCUGAGCUACAAGUGACCACAUGCACGAGGUAAGCACUGUUACACUCCAAAACCACUAACAACCGCUCUUUUGUGCUCACAGACUCCAGGAAAAGCGUCAAAGUCUGAUGGAAAAACUGCUCCCCAGGUCCCUUCGCCCGUUUUCAAGAGAUGUAGCAACUUUGCUGGUUAAAGAGAAAGAAAAGGAUGACAGAUUUAGUAAAGCUCAGCAACUUAUGUAUAACCCACCCAUGACUGAAAACUCAGCAACACAGCAGCACAGUGGCACGGCAGAACAAAGGGUUGUGGACACAGUGAAGGAAACGACGCAAAGUGAAGCCGAGGGAGACAUGAUGACAUUAAACGUCCACGCUGCUGGGGAUAGGUUGUUUGUGUUUCGGGAUCCACCAGAGUCAAGCAACCAUAAGGAUGUACCUAAAAGAAAAAGGAAGAGAAACUUUCUCAAUUUGAAAAAGAAGAGCUCUGUGGCUCCAUCAGACCUACACUGAGACUGAACAUUUUCUUUUGCCAGCUUGCUCUUUAAUGAUGGCACUUCAUGUUGAUAUAUGAUAACACUAGGAUCCAAUGUAAACUGUUAGUUGUGCCUGAAAGUGUAAAGAAAUGUUCAAUGUCUCCAUUCUCAAUAUAUGUAGCAUUUGGCUUUGUUUUAAUGUGAAGGCAGCUGACUUGAACCAUUUCAAGAGUUCUUCUUCUAAGCUUCAAAGGGCAUAUAGACCAGCUGACAGGGGCUUGUUUUCCCAAAUGUUCUUGUUCUGAAUAGAGAGCAUUUAAACUGUCAAAACAGUCCACUCCAGCACAGACUGAUUUAUGAAAGAGGUACACUGUUCAAAUGACUUUCGGGCAAAGGAAUAGUGGUGUGACAGAAAUGUCAAGGACUCUGUUAUAAGUCAUGUUGAGAACCACAAGAACUGGGCAUGUCACUGGGGUCUGAUUUGAGUGCAUACCUCACUACACUCAGGAUACACAGGUACAGAAACCAUUGAAUUCUAUCUGUGCAAAAGUUUAAAUUCAUGUAAAUAAACAUGUACAUUGCUGGAAA